AUGGUCCAAACGUACGGCAAGAAACGCAAGAGGGCAGCGGACUCGUCCGAAAAGCCGACCAAAAGAGUUGUUAUAGAUGCUCCUCCUGCGACCGUCAGAGUGACGAAACUGAUCCAACCCGAGUUCUCCCCCCCAGUAAUUGUUACGACCCCCGGAUUCGAAAGCCGCAAUGACCUGGUAUUUGACAUAUACGAAUCGAAAGCCAACGCCAAGAGGAAACAGCCCAAGACCGCAGUUGAGAAGAAAAUGAUGCUGCACUCGACGUCGCAUCCCACCAUUGACUACGCUGUCCACGAGGAGGACCCUAAGCCUGAUUCGAAACCACUACUGCACCACUUUCUCGGCAUCUACGACCCAAAGACUGGCGAGAUGGAGCUGAUUGAGGCCAAGAAGAUGGUGAUGCGGGCUUCGGUACGUGCGAAGCAGGCUCCCGCCGACGCCUUGGAGGAAAAGGGCGCCAAGCAGAGCAUGAUGGACCUCAAGACGGAUCUCGGUCAGACAUUCGGCACGAAAAAGGCCAGAAAGGUCAUCAACGAGCGCGUACUCAACGCAAUCUCACCACAGAAGAAGGAUGGCGACAUGGUGGCCAAGAUGGACGACGCGUCCCGUGCUAUGCUUGAUUCCGUGGGCAAGGUGGCGGCCGAUAUGGCUACACGCGAGCAGCUACAAGCCGUCGUUUCCGAGGCUAAGCCCCUACCGCCCGUCAACGUUGACGCCGAGGACAUCCAGGACGCCUACGAUCCCAGCGUGAUUAUCGGCACCGACAUCCUCAACAUGCUGCCCAUCCGCGAGUGGCAGGAACAGGUGCGCCACAAGGAAGGCGUUCAGACCGUGUCCAAGUUCGUCGCCACCCGCGUCAACGCGAUUGCGAGCAACGAUGCGGCCGAGAUACGCCUGCGUGUGCUGCGCUACAUGUCGUUUGUCGUCUGCUUCUAUCUCAACACCAAGCCCGGCCGGCAAAAGGGCACGCGCUCCGUCCCGCCGCGCGACAAGCUGCGCGAGGCGCUCGCCCCGGCGCCCGAGGCCGUCAUUGAGAAUAUCCGCCGCAAGUUUUCCGACGCCGGUGAGAUGCGCAAGUUCCAUGUUGACCUGCUCAUCACGCACCUUUGCGCCUUUGCGUGCAUUGCGGACAACUUCGAGGUGGACACACAGGACCUGCGUUACGACUUGCGCACCGACGAUAAGGCCAUGAACCAGUACUUUCGCGAGAUUGGUGCUCGCAUCAAGCCCACGUCCAAGAAGGGCCAGGGCCCGACGACGAUUGCCCGAUUGGUCCUGCCGCUCGACUUCCCCAAGCAGAGAUACAUUGCGCCACGCAGAAAGUAG